AUGAAUGAAUACGUCUCAGAAAGUGCGGACGCGUCAAAGAGGAAGUCGGGAAGUGAAGACGGCAAUUACGGUAGGGCCAGCUCGCGUAGCUCAUUAUUAUUGUCGGUGUGCUUCUGCUGCACGGUGAAGAUCCCGGCCAACUCCAUGCACGGCAUGCAGCAGCGCUCAACGCCUGCAUCAAAAGACACAGCUCGGCCGAGAUGUCAGCACAAUAUGCAGUACUCAGGUCAGAAUGUCAUGAUGAACGUGAGACAGAUCGUCCGCAGGUCAAAAAGGCUGUCGUUUUUUACUACUUGGGAUGAAGCACGCAAAAGCCUCCUUUUCUCCACGAGGCCCACCACCUCCACGCAUUCCAUCAGUAAUAUCGCCUUUGGGCAAAAGUACCCGUCCCCCCUGCAGACCAGUGUAAUGUACAAGCCAUAG